AGUACAAAACGAACGAGAAUGACAAAUGGGUACUUCUUAUACAGUCAUGAUGAGAUGCUCUCCCAGCAACUCCCUCUUCAAAGCUCUGAAACCCAAUUUCCGAAAUUCGAAUCUUGUUCCCAAUUCAUCACUUCCAUUCUUUUCUUCAACGCAGAUCAACAAAGGAGCAUCAAGGUGCUCUCAUAGUCAUGGUGGUGGAACUGGGAGGGCAUAUGACGCAUUGCUGUUAGAUGCUGGAGGCACCCUCUUACAAUUGGCCAAUCCUGUUGAGGAUACUUAUGCCACUAUUGGAUCUAAAUACGGUUUGACUGUGAAUCCAGCCAAGAUAAAGCAGGGAUUUAAGAGAGCGUUUUCUGCUCAAUGGUCUGAAAAACUACGAUAUCAGGGUGAUGGGAGGCCAUUUUGGAAGUUUGUAGUUUCUGAAGCCACCGGUUGCGGAGACGAAGACUUUUUUGAGGAAGUUUAUGAGUACUAUGCAAAAGGUGAUGCAUGGCAUCUUCCCAACGGAGCUUUUGACACAAUGACUCUUCUCAAGGAUGCUGGAGUUAAGAUGGCUGUUGUGUCCAAUUUCGACUCUCGCUUAAGGAAGCUAUUGAAGGAUCUUAACAUUUUACAUCUAUUUGAUGCAGUCAUUAUAUCAUCAGAGGUUGGAUAUGAAAAACCAGACCCAAAAAUAUUUCAAUCCGCUCUAGAUCAAUUAAAUGUAGAGGCUGGAAAAGCCUUACACAUAGGAGAUGAUCAAAAGGCAGAUAAAUUUGGGGCCAAAGCGGUAGGCAUAGUUUGCUGGUUAUGGGGCACUGAUGUGAAGACAUUCUCUGAGAUACAAAUCUGCAUCCUUAAUCCAGAGGCAUAAUUUUAGUUAUGGCUGUCAACAGACAACAGUCUCAGAGUUUUUGUGCUGAACAUUGUGAAUGUUGAGCUGAAAAAUGAAAGCAAUAACCAGAGGAGUCUAUGUUAUCUGCAUUAUUUGAUCAUCUCAGUUUGUAAUUAUUUUUGAAAAAUUUGUUUAGUCCACACAUUCAAAUGGGGGAACUUCUUUUGCAAAGCUAGGAGCCACAUCUAAUGAAGAGUUUACUACUUAUUUUACUCCGCCAGAAGACCUCAUUCCUUUGAUCAAGAACGAUGCCAUGGGAACUUAUUUCCCUAGAGCUUAGUUUUCUUCUUUUUCUUUUGCUGUUUGCUUUUCUUUUUUUUAGCCUUGUAACCAAAAAAAUAAAAAAUGGGGGAACUUGGUUGACAAUUAGAGAUUUCGAUGUAUCGGUACUAUAUCUAGUCUAUGAAAAUAUACAGUGCACUUGUACCAAAAAAAAAAUAUACAGUGCACUAGAUUAAAUUAACAUGAA